GCUUUUGCUGCCGAUCCCACUCUUGGUUCGAAAUUCUUUCAAGUCCUAUCCUUUGCGCUAUAGAGGCCAAGAAGGUUUAUACAGCCUUCUUUCUCGCGUCUGGCCAUGGCCGACGUCGAUGAGGAUGUGAUUCACCGCCCCGCGCCCGGCGACUCCGCUGCGCAGGCAGAUAUCGAUCUUUCCGAAGAAGUGCAAGAUUUCCGCUUCUUGAACAGUCUCAGCAUCAUCGCCGAUAACGCUCAAACCUCCCUUCCACGUCGCGGCGAAAAAGACUUCGAGCCCAAUCCCACUACGCUACAAUCUGAUGUAUUAUCCACUUCACGAAGUGCAAUGCACAAUGCGAUUGCUCACCCUCGCCUCCGCACGGCAAAAAAUAAUAUCAUUGGUGUAUACUGCCCAGAAGGUCCUACCCCGUUAGUUACCGAGGUCAAAGAACAGCAGAAAUCCGGUGAUGGAAAAGAAGCAGCAACAAAGCCCGCCAAAUUUGUGAGGGAUCCAAUGAGUGUAAUCCCUGCCGAUGCAUGCGUUUGCGUUCCGAAUGAGAAAGGAAAUCUCUUCAGGACGAUGGGCAAGACGGAUCGCUGGAAUCGGCUAUGGCUACUUCCAGAAGAGGCAUUGUAUAUGCUCGAACGAGGGACUCUCGAAAUCAGAUGGCCCGUUUCAAUGACUGGCUCUCUUACGGAUAGCGAUGAGGCCGAGGUGCCAAUGAGCCUACAGGCAGCGUAUGCUUGCCUGAUUGGUCGUGGUGGUCUCACGUUGGAUAGAUUUUCUGUGUUUACUGGAUUGAAACGAUUGGGAUAUACCAUUAUUCGCGCUCCGUCGUGGCAUGGCGGCGAGGAUGAAACCGAGGACCUGGGUGUGGACGACGAUGUUGAGCAUGGGUUCCCCUUUGCGACAAACAUUUCCAACUCCUGGAAUCGGUUAUAUGCAUCAAUACAUAAGCUCUUCGAAAGCGAUUAUUCAGCGCAAGGUCCACUGGUUGGGUUGAACGUACCCCACAGCUACAACGAAUUGGAAGCUGACUUUGACACAGAUAAUCUAUUCAAAAAGCUAGCAAUAAUCCCGGUCGAAACAGUCGACAACAAGAAACCAGCACGCCAUCAAACCGAACCACCAUUCCAAUUCGCAUAUCACGUUUACAAGCCCUCCACGCCCUUCAAGAAAACAUCCCCUAGCACACCGGAUUUCCGCGUCGCAGUUGUGGAUGCACGCACCCAGACAUCAAUACCUACUCUAUCGCAGCUACGCGCUCUCGUCGAAACUAGUCCGUACGAUCCACCUCAUGGCGAGAAGAUGCAGCGUCAAUUGUACGUGCGGCUCCGCCACGGAUAUCGCAGUGCAAUCCUCGCCGUUGUGGACCAGGGCAUUGUCAGUUAUUUGCGUUUUGCCGACGCAGGGUUUUCGAAAGAGAAGAUCUACGAGUUCCAAGGACCUCCGAAGGGGAAUAAAAAAGGCGCGUUCCAAGGGAACAAUAAAGGCGGGGGGAAGGGGAGAGGGCGGUGA